GGGAAGACUCAGAGCAAACUUCCCAGCGCCUGGGGCAGCAGGGCUGGCAGGAGACCGAGGUGCCAGGAUCGCGACCAUGCAGUACCAGCCGCCUGCCCUGUACGCGCCCACCCCGCUGCUGCAGCCCGUGCACCCCACGCCCUUCUACAUCGAGGACAUCCUGGGCAGGGGCGCCCCGACGGGGCUCCCCCACCCCGCGCAGCCGCCACCGCCGCCUCCUCCGCCCACGCUGCCGUCCCCCAACUCGUCCUUCACCAGCCUGGUGGCGGGGGCCUCCUACCGGACCCCGAUCUACGAGCCCACCCCGAUCCACCCGGCCUUCUCGCACCACCUGGCCGCUGCCGCCACCUACGGGGCGGGCCCCUACGGCGCGCCCGCCGGAGCCCCGCUCUACCCGUUCCCCCGCGCCGUCAGCGACUACGCGCACGCCCUCAUCCGCCACGACCCCCUGGGUAAGCGGCGCAGGCCGAGGGAAGGGGGGGUGCAGGGAGGGGGCGCUCGCAACCCCGGGGGCCUUUCCAUACUGGUUGCGCUGCUAGAUCCGUUGGCUCCUGGUCAAGAAGGAUGGGAUUGAUAGACCAAUUAAGGGGCGGGGGAGGAGAGGAUUGGGGAAGGUAUGGGGUCCUCUCCCCAACCCCUUACCCCGCGGUCAGUUGACCCACUUACCACGCGCCUUAAGCCGGCGCUCCCAGAAAUCCAGAGGAAUGAUUGAGAUCGUGGUGAGGGCAGCGGGCUUCCGAGUUGGAAACUUUCUUGGUUGUCAAAGAAGGAUCAAGCUAAGUUAUUUAAAUAUAUAUAUAUAUUUAAAUUAGAAUAACCGAGGAACUAGCCAGUGACUAUUGGACGCCAAACGUUUCUGAGUAGGUUGGGCAGUAUAGAAGUUGCAUUGAAGGGUGCAGAUGAUUCUGGAGGAAAAGGAAAAAUCAGCUCCUCCUGGGCCUUAGGCCUCCCGAGAGGAAUCGAGCGCCUCCACGGCAAAUGUGACAAGACUAGCUCAGCUUCUUCCGUGGCCUUUGGAGGGCCUUUGAAAUCGGUGCGUGUGCUUGUGUUUUUGCGGCACCAGCUUUCGUGGGCCAGAGAACCCAGGAAAGUGGACGAAACAUGAAGCCCCAGCUGGCCUCUUGCUUUUGCACGAAGCGUGCAAGCCUGUGCAUGUUGACUCAUAGUCACAGUUUCUGCUGGGGGCUCCGAGGACUUUGCAGCCUUGAUCUCUAAGGGGUCAUCGUCGUGCUAAACCUUUCGGGGUUGUUGUUUUUUGCUGCAACUGAUUAACGAGGCUGCAAGGGAGAAACUAUGGUUUGUGGCGGGGCAGUGAAAGAGCGAGCUUAGGCGCCCCACCGCCGCAGCCGGGACUGGGUGGCGCUCAGCUGCGGCAGCAGCCAGCCUCGCGCAGGGUGUGUCCGCGCUGUUCUCCUCCACGAUCCGACCUGCAGUGCAGGAGGAUUUGCUGGGAAUUAAGUACGUGCGUUUAAAAACGUCGGAUCUUGUCACUCCUCCUUCGCCAAGGCGUGCUUACUCGGAAGUCAGCUCCGCGGCGUCGGAUGGGCCUUAGGACGAGGGAGCGCGCAGGCCGAACGCUUCUUCUUUCUUUUGGGCACCGAUUCGACUCAAAAGCAUUUCUCUAGGUUUUAAUUCGGAUCGGAGGCUGGGGUGUGCGCCGGUAGUCCGCUGCGAUCUCUCGCGCGCUGGUGGACUUGCUAGCUUCGGAGCCGCGGGAUUCGACGUUCAGUUGCAACAGGCGCGGGAUCCUCCGGGCUUUCAGUCUUGCUCCAGAUUCAUUUCUUGCUGAAAUGAAUGGAACUGACUUACCUUAAUCAUGGCCAAUUUAAGCGCCAUCGACUUCAAAAAACCUUUCCUCCAAGCAGGGAUCCAGCCUAACGGGUUGAAGUUCAGGUGGUUUGCAAAAGCGGAGUCACUCCGGAGGCGAAACGGAUUUACGAUUUCUCGAUUAUUUGUCUAUAUUUGCGCUUGUUUCUCUUUCGAACCGGAAGAGGGGAGGCUGUGCCCCAUAUGGUGUAAAACUGAAGCUUGCGAGGGCCCCGAUUCUCUCUCCCUCCCCCCCUUCCCGCCCCCCAGUCACCGCAGGCCGCCAGCAGACCUUGCAACGUCUAAGAUUUGCAGGAUUGGCUCGAGUUCGUGCUGUCUGAGAGGGGGUUGGCUGACCCUUUCCGUUCAUACAGGAUAUCUUGAGCUCUUGAUAGGAGUAAAUCUGGGUUCAGAAGCUGUUAAGUGUUUUCCUGGCCGCCCGGAGCUGGCUCUUCCCCGGGAGUCGUGCACACUGCUGAUUAUUUUAUCGACAUCCUCAAUACAGACAAAUUCAGGAAACACUCGGCUUCUGAUAGCCCGGAUCCGUUUUUCUGAUAUUGUUCAUUUCCUCUGUGUGGGAUGGGGCUUUAUGACAGCUAAAAUAACUCGUUGCUUCCUUAAAAAAAAAUCAGCACAUGCAGAAAAAAGAAGCCUGUUUUCACCAGAAUUACUAAGGCCUGACGCAAACGAAAUUUUGAAUAACAAUGUUUUUUGCAUUUUUCAAAGGCUUCGGCCAGACAGAAACACAAACACCGACCGACAGGGUGAGGGGAUGUGGGGCCCUUUGAAACUCGGGCGCCCGCUCUCCUUAUUAUGGCGUAGGAUAAACUCCUGAUGCGGGGCCUGUUUACUUGAAAGUAAGCCUUCUGUCUCCUAAGGGGGCUUUCUGCCAAGUGGAUCGGCGUAGGAGGGCAGCCGCCUUCUGAAACGAUGUGUUUCAUGACCUUACUAGCCUGCGUACUUUUCAGCCACAUAGAUUCCCCUCCCAAAUCCCGGGAACUCUAGUUUGUCUGCCCCCGAGCUACAAUUCCCAGCACCCUUAAGCUACGGUUCCCAGGAUUCUUUGGGGGAAAGUAAUGUGCUUUAAAUGCGCUUUAGAUGUAUAUUGUGCGCACAGCCCAAAAGGUUAUGGAUAAACUUCCCACCUCCCGUUUCCACUGCAAUCCUAAACUUCACAGUAGCAAUGGUAGAUUACACUGAUUUCCGUAAACGUCGUUAGGAUCGCGUUAGACAUGAAUUAUAUAUAUAAAUAUAAAUAUAUUUAAGGGAAACCCCACCGGGUUAGUCAGUGUGAGCUCUGAUUUCCGAGUGGAUUAUAGACAUCCGAGUGGAUUACAGGCAUCCGAGUGGAUUACAGACAUAGAACUUCUUUCCGAGUGAUCAUGCAUAGGAUUGGUCUGUUAUUGUUUCCUGGCUGCGAUUUUAUGCAGCUGAUAAAUCCCACAGAAGCCAUGCACGGGAAACAGCACCGUAGUAAUGGAACAAGCAGCCUACUUCGCAGGGUUACUUGUGAGGGUGGCCAUAGAUUGCAAGAGCACCCAACAUGGUGCCCGCCAGAUUUUUUAGGACUACAACUCCCAUCGUUCUAGACCAUGCUGGGUGGGGCUAAUGGGAGUUGUAGUCCUUAACAUCCGGGAGGAUAUCAGUUUGGCUGCCCUUGAUGGACCGAAGCUGGUUAUGGGGACGCUGGGGGCGAGCAACGAGCCAAGGCGAGAUCCUGCUUCUCGGAAGCCUGACUGCUGCUGAGGACGGAACGGUUGUCCUAUCUUUCUUAUCGAGCAAAAUUUAUACACCGCUUAGUAGAACGAAAGACCUCUCCGCGGUGUACAAGUCUAAAAUAUACCUUUAAAAUGCUAAUUUAAAAUGAAAUGAAAUGUUAUAUUUUUUAAAAAUACAAAUACAAAUCGGUAUUUUUUUUAAAAAAACCUUAUGCCUACUAAAAUCACACGCCCGAGCAGGCUUGCUGGAACAACAACAAAAAAAAGUUUUUAGCAGGCGCUGAAAACAGCGAAGGAGCCUGCCUGCUUUCAAUCGGCAGGGAGUUCCACAGCGUACGCUCUGCCGAUGGAUAAUUAUGCGGCACUUGUAAAGGCCCCAGAUCCGCAGGUCUAGGUGGAACUUUCUUUGGUCUGAUUCAACAGGGCCAGUAGUGCGCUCUUAAUUUCGUGGAAAAACUUUAAAAGCGUCAGUAUCAAAUAGUCUUCUUGCGGCAACACUGGAAUGGCGAGCCCACCUCAGAAAAUAAUGAUUUCCCGCUAUACAAACGGGGAAACUGCUGUUUUUGAAGGCCCACGCUUUCUCUCUAUAUGCACACACAAACUUUUUUUGUAUUAUUUGAUAUGAUGCAGAACAUACCAAUUACCGGUAAUUAAAUGUAGCAAUUAAUUGCUACAGUUUUUAUCCUGCUUCCCCCCACCCUCGGCAGAGAUAAGGUUCUCUCUAGUUUAUCCUUAACAACCCUGUAAGGUAGGUUAGGCUGAGAGACUCGGGCAGGGUCACUCACCCGGUGAGCUUUAUGGCUAAUUUGAACCCUGGUCACCAGGGUUCUAGCCCAGUGCUCUAACCACUGCACCACCCUACCAUAGUAAAAAACAAACAAAACCGUUUGCGUGGAGACGAAAACAAAUCCAUGUGUUUCAACGUGGGUUUUGCCCCCAAGCUCUCUUGGCAGCAGACGCUAAACUAAAGGCUCUUCUCUGUUUCCUCUUACACAGUUCUUGUCCUCCACUUCCUUGAGGAAGCAGCCCUAAAUCACGUGGAAGACUAGGCUGCAGUCCUGCACACGCUUCCUUGGGAGUAAGUCCCGUGAACUCCGAAGAACUUAAUUUCUGAGUAGACCCUGUGCAGAAUUGCACUGCCUAAAACCCCGGUUAAAAAAAAUCCUUUAAGGGAUAGGGUGUUGUGCACCAGAAUCGAAGUCACCUCGAAUUUAAUCCAGAGGAAACUGAACGGAGGUGCCUUCAUUAAGAUUUGGGGACAGGGCAUGCCACGGACUCAGUGGGUGGAGUUCCGCGUGCUUCCACUUAAACUGGUUUACAUCUCGUUCAACAAACCAAAGUACUUGGGUUUUUGCGUGAUACCAUAUUUUUAAUAAUUCGUCUCACCUUCCCACUCAAACCAACCAACUAGUUAAUGGAAGUCUAUAGGUUCGUUGCACGGAUGGCCUAUAUAUAAAACCCAAGAAGGGGGCAGGGAGGGGCAGCUGAUCCCCCUAAAUCAAUAAAAAUACAUAGCUACUGAGGUUCUGCCCCCCCCCCCAACAAAAGGCCUGCCGUCCCCUAGCAAAAACCUUGGCUACGCCCAUGAUAAUACAUACGACUUUGCACGUUGAAAACGUUGUAUAAUAGCUAGGAAUUAUUAUUCUUGUUAUUUCGAUCUCCAUUGUUUGAAAAGGAAUCCCGCUGGUUCUGUGUUUAUCGCGUUAUUUUUGCGGAACUUAAACCUGAAAAUGAGAUCCAGGUUAAUGAGUUUAGGAUCGGGAGGCAAAUCUGCUCAUUCAAGGUUUCAGCCUUGUAGCUCCUUUAGAUGGAGGGAAAGCCCACCAGCUAAAAUGAAAUUUACAUCUGACUAAGCGUGCCCCUCUAGCUUUUACGUGGUUGGGCAUUUCCAGCGAUUUCCAGAGAAUCUGCCGUCGCGUCAGGUGCCUCGGGAUCCCUUGACACCGAAAACGGCCUCUUCCUACCGCCGAGCUCGUGAGAACGCCGUUCAAGCGCGUGUUCAUUCCUGCCUAGACGAAUCGGGCUUGGUCGUUAAAGACCUGGGGCUCCGUUAAAACAAUAAGGACUCCCCGUCCUUGCAGGGCAAACUUAUGACGUGCUCUAGUGCUUAAGGCCUGUGGGGCCUCCUCCUCGGACUAAGCGCGUGCACAUCAGGAUUUGUGGCACCAAGUCUAAACGCAAGCAAGCGCGCUCCAUGGAUUCAAAGCAUAUUCCACUCUCCCUUUCCCUCCCAGUGUACAAGCACCGCUUUAAAAAUGAUCUUAUUACUUAUCUUGAAUUUAUUUAGGAGUCGCACACACGUAAGGGCUCCAAGCUACUUAAAACCAUUUUUAUGAGCAUAAGCAUCAGUUUUGUAAAAUCUAGAUACGGAGACAGAUGAUAUAGAUAUAGCGAUUCCUUUAAAAAUCCACAAAGCAAUCCACAAUGAAAGCAGCAAAAUGCUUUGAACAAACAGCUAGAAUGUUGACUUCUCCCUCCCAAAAAAAACACCCACAUUUAAGUGUCCGGCUUAAACAACGUUUGCACUGGCCGUGCAAUUCUCUAACACGUUUAUGCAACGCCAGUUGGGGCUUAUUCCCACAUUCGCGUGCAGUGGAUUGCAGCUUUGCCUGUUUAGUAAGCGCCCAGGAUUGUGCUGUUGAUCUGGAAUACCUAAGGGACCGUCCUUCAGUCCUCUUGUGGGCGAAAACUGGGACGAAUGAAUUAUUAUUAUACACUACAUUUGUUAAUUAGGCUUAUCCAUCUGCCCUGGUAUCUGUGCUACCUAUUGCUGUUCCUUGCAGAUGGUUCCCAGACCCCCACUAGGGUGUUGAUACGAUUAUGUGCCGAGCACAUGAUCACCAAAUCUGUUUCUGUAAAACAGGCAUGGCCAAACUUGGUCCUCCAGAUGUUUUGGGACUACAACUCCCAUCACCCCUAGCUAACAGGACCAAUGGUCAGGAAUGAUGCGAAUUGUAGUCCCAAAACAUCUGGAGGGCCAAGUUUGGCCAUGCCUGCUGUAAAAGGUGUUUGAAUAUACAGUACAUUCAAGCUGUGAUUGUCACAGACUGUAAUGUUCGCAUCUCAUUGCCAUUCAGCUCCCACCUUACAAUUUUUCCCUUUAUGUAGCUGACUGCAUGCAUCUGAGGAAGUGGGUUUAAAUCCACGGAUAACGAUAAUAAACUCGUUAUUCUUCAAGUUGCUUCAGGAACCUUUUUUUUUUAAAAAUGCAAUCGAUGAAAGAGUAGGAUAAAGCAGUAGCUUGUUAAUAAAAUAAAAUAAUAAAAUAAAAUAAACACCGAGAAAAAGACCAUCACGAUGAUGCCAAUUUUCUAAGCGUGUGAACAGAAUUUUUUCUUCAUGUAUAGAACUCCUGAGUUGUAGUCAGCAAUAUCCGGAGCGCGAAAGGUUCCCUUCACCUGGAUUAAGAACUGCGGAAACAAAGUGCGCACGAGGUAUAAUUAAGUGUCCGAAAUGUCACAAGAAGUGCAGAUCGUUUCAGAUGACUUUCGAAGGGGUUUAGAUGCGCCCAUCCUAGCUGCGAUCUACAAUAAAAUUAAAAAGCCAAUAUGGUGUAGUAGGGGUUAGAGCGUUGCACUAGGACCUUGGGAGACCAGCGGGCCAAUCCAUACUCAGCCACUGUAGCUCAUUGGGUAACCUUGGGCCACCCACAGCCUAUCAGCCUAACCUACCCCACAGGGUUGUUGUGAGGAUCAGAACGGGGAUGGGGCAAACAGAAGGUGUGCACCGCCUUGAGUCCCUGGGAAGAAAGGCGGGUGCGCCCGUGCAAUAAUAACACAUCGAAUUAAUCAACUAAAAAUGGUGUUUACUAACCAAUGGCGGACAGCUAUUAGACGCGGUCGCUAAGUGGAAACUUCGCGUUCGGAAGUCUCCGAGACCUCUCUGCUAGGGACGGAGCAGUGAGGAAAGCCCCGGGGGUUUCAAGGCUUCCAGGCUGGCUGGCGAGGGGUGGGCGCGCCGCCUCCGGGUCUGCGCUGCGCUGGCCGCGCUCAGCUUGCGGGGAGCCUUGAUUUGCCUUGGGAGGCGGCUUCCUUGGGCGCGAGAGAGCCGAGAGGAAGCCUUGGGUGUUUCUUCUUCUUCUGAGCAAGAGAGACCAACAGGAAACACAUUGGCGGAAAUGUUGCCAUCAGCCCAUUGCGGAGAGCGGCUUAAACUGCCCUCUGGCUGAUGUGACAAAUCGGGGGAGGCUCGAGCGGAAAGUGAAGCCGCGAGGAACCCCAGGCGGCUCCGGGCGCAGCACCGACCUCACAACCGCGGAUUAGCCGCCCCGGAUUAGUGACUCCGGUUUGGAAUCUUGUGACUCACUUUGCCCGCCCCCAGCUUUCAGUUAAGGACCCACGUCAACCUCAGAGGGCUAUUUGAAUCCCAAAAGGCAUGGCAAGCGAUUUCAGGAUACUUUUGUUGUGAGUGUAUGUAGGAGCUAUAUACCUUUAAAGCACAUGCAAACACAUAAACUCACUCCGACCGGAAUUUUGGGAAGCGAAGGGUGCUAGGAAUUGUAGCUGGGGUGGGUACUACAGUUCCCGUGAUUCUUUUUUGGGGGUGGUGGUAAUGUGAUUUGAAUGCAUUUUACAGGUACAGUGUAUAGGAAGCCUGCGUUUGUAUGUGCGUACACAUAUAUGUAUGUACAAACACAUACAAGUGUAUGAGUGUGUGCAUGUGAAGCGAUGUACAGGUGUAUAUUUUUCAUUCCCUCCUACAGUAACACCUGAAUCAAUCUAGAAAAUGUUGGUCCAGGUAUGCCACCGUAACAGGGAAUGAAACACAGAAGGUGUUUUCUUCUUCUUCUGGUAAUAAGUGAUGACUUUUGUUUCUUAACAUGUCAGCUGUUUUGAACUUCCUUCAAUGUCUCCAAAAGGCACUGUAUUGCGGUAUCGUCUCCUAGACCGGCGAUUUAUUAAUUGCUGAUGGAAAAUGAAGGAACUCAGUGGUGGCUCAUUCCCCCUUUAAGUUUCUUCAUUAAUUGAUCAAUUAGAUUAUUUAAUUGACGGUGCGAUCCUGGACAUUUUCACUCAGCAGAAAGUCCGGCUGUACUCAAUGGGGCUGACUCCGAUUUAAGUUUGUUUUUGGAUAGUGGUAGCACCGCAAAAGUAUUUCAUCGUUAGGGAGUCAACUAAACACUGGCUGCGUCGUAAAAGGCAGGUCCUAAUCACAGGUUGGAGGAUUACUUUGGGGUAAUUCAUGCCAGUUUGAUUAGGCUGGGUGCAGGAAAAGAGGUGUUUGAGCUGUCCGAAUCGGAAAACGCCGCCCUUUCCUCGAUAUGUCCCGGGCUUCAGUCGAAGUGACCGGGACCACGGAUCUAGAAAGCGGGGAGAAACACCCAGGCAAGGCAGGAUCCCUUUUUAUUUUAUCUGGGUCGGGAUCGCUGGAAGGGAAUACAGUCCUUGGAACAGGAAAGAGUCGGCUGGGUCUCCAGCGGCUUCUCCUUGCGUCGGCCUGCGCUGCUCGUGUAAACACCGGGCGAGCGGACCCAGAAAUCGGAGUGGCGCCCGAAUGAAGUGAGCGGUUAAAGUAUGGGAACGUGGCUCUCUCUUUAAGCAAAAGUGAACGAACGACGUUCGUGUGAAAGGAAGGACGAAAAGUGGGACCCAUUUGCUAACACCGGUGUAUUUAUUAGCCUUUGCGAAGAAAUGAUCCAUUCUGCAUCUGCUGGGAACUCGGCCCCAUUGAGCUCAACGGAGUUCAAUAGGCAUUGCAGCAUCAGCCCCCUCUUAAGCGUCUGUUUACGGAUCUUGCUCAUUCAUUCAUUUCAACGGUUGAUAGACCGCUUCACACCGUAGUGUCGAAGAGGCGCACGUUGAAGUUACAAAAAAAAGAAAGGCUAAAAAGUUGUGGCAUGUGUUGUCUGCGGGCACCUUCUUGGGAGAAUUCAUUCGAUGUAUGCCUUUUGCACGGAUUUCUAAAAUAAUGAAAUAGAAUAAGAGUGAAUUAAAUGUGGCUAAGGUUUUUCGCACUUUCCCUUCACCUGCCUAUGCAUCAAAUAGGCAUUUCAGUACAAGUUAGCUCCAUGGGAAUUUAUUUCUUAGUAUUUUCAGAUUCUGGUUUUAUGGAGUAGCCCUCCCGGCUCAACUCUCUGUCUCUUUAGUCCGGCAAUGCACAUUACUUGUCAAAAUAUGGUGAGCUAGCCCUGCUGCGCUUAGGGUGCCCUUCUGCGCAUUCUGCUGAACCCGCCUCUGGACUUCUGUUCCAAAGUCCUGAGCAGAAAGGGCACUACGGAAAUUAUUCCAGAUUAAAUAUCCCUGGAGUUGAACCAGUUGAGCGUUCUAUGGAGUGAAGUGAACGUUCCAUCCGGUGAACUGAACGUUCUAUGGGGUAAAUUGAACGUUCCAUGGGCUUGAAUCAAGUAGAGGGAAAUUCGGAUUAAAUCAGACUUCGCCACCGAGGGCGCCCUCCAGAUGCCCCGGACUACAGGUAGGAAUUGUAGCUGGAGGGCAUCGAUUUCGGCGAAGAAGGGAUUGCGAUCUUGGCAUAAAUGGGGAUGUGGAAAGCUUUGCCCCUGGACACUCCAGCGGUAUUAACAGCGCCACCGUCUCUCCGUCUCCCGCAGGCAAGCCGCUGCUGUGGAGCCCCUUCAUGCAGAGGCCGCUGCACAAGCGGAAAGGGGGCCAGGUGCGCUUCUCCAACGACCAGACCAUCGAGCUGGAGAAGAAGUUCGAGACGCAGAAGUACCUCUCUCCGCCCGAGAGGAAGCGCCUGGCCAAGAUGCUGCAGCUGAGCGAGAGGCAGGUGAGGCGACGCGAGGGAGGCAAUUGAGGGUGACCCUUCCGAGACGGAAUCCGACUAAAUGUCAGUCACUUUCCCUUCACCUCCUUAGUGAUCGUGCCCGACCGGUGCAAUCACCCGGAUUCGGUUGAUAUAUUAUAUUAUAUUGACAUACCUUGGUUUUUAGGAACAGGUUCCUGGCCACCUUACAUUGGCAGCUAACGAUUAACUGGUUCGAAUUAGGCUAAAUUCCUCUCUCACCACCAAAGGAACCCGCACAAGCAACGCUGACACAAAACCCCACAUAUAUUAAAUAAAAUAGAAACAUCACCACCCGACCCCACCCCCACUCAUCUUUCCCCCCCCCCAUCCACCUCUUUCCCCCUAUUCUUCCUAAUGUCUCAACAAAUGAAACCGAUUUUUUUUUUUAGUGUUACGUGGGAAAAAAAUACGAGAGACAUUGCACAUACCUUUGCAAAUCUUUAAUAAAAAUACAUUAAAAAGAAAAGAAUUAGGCUAAAUUCCAAGAAAUGUCUCCCUUUUUUUAAAAAAACCUGAUAUCACAAUAAAGGAAGAUCCGGAGCAAUUUCUUGAAGUAGGGAGUAGACUAUACGCCCAGUAUGCAGCCUGGCCUCUCCGAAUUUCUCUCGGAAGCAAGAGUAGAAACACAUACCUGCUUGGAAACAAUAUUCAAUGAUUUCAGCGAGGCUUACUCUCAUGCAAGUGUGCAUAGGUUUCUUAUUAUGCUCUUCCUCUCAACAGGAGCCCAUGGCACAGGACUGCAGUCUCAAGUCCCACUGUGAAGGGGUGGAAUUAAAGCUGUAACCCUGUAUAAACUUUAUUGGAAAUAAGCUCUCUAGUCAACUCUGUGGGUCCCACUUCUUGAGUAGGCAUGAUUGCCAUUGCACUGUGGGUCUACUGAGGACUCUAGUCUUUUCAUCGGUCUCUCUUUAAUAUCCCCUUUUCUCUCUCUUUGCUGUUGUUGGAUUGCUUAGGUUAAAACUUGGUUUCAGAAUCGUCGGGCUAAAUGGCGGCGUCUAAAGCAGGUAAGAGAGAUGCUCCUAUUCCUAUAAAAAAUCAUCUCCUCAUUUUACACACACACAGAGUGCUGAGGAGGCUGUUUGCCCUCUUCAGCUAUUAUUAUUAUUAAUAAUAAUAAUAAUAAUAAUAAUAAUAAUAAUAAUAUUUAUUUGUACCCCACCCAUCUAACUGGGUUGCCCCAGCCACUCUGGGUGACUACUCCUAAGAUGACGAGCAGUCCUGUUGGGAUCUCUGAGUUGCUGUUUAGCAUGAAUCUUAUUCCUCCCCCUGCCGCACCCCAAAAUUGGCUCUGCUUUCUGUCUUUGCAAUGGGUGCCAAUUAUGUUACUUAUUUUGGGAGCCCUAGAAAAAGACAUGGCCACAUUAAAAGGAAAAGGAGCCGCUCUGAGUCAUCAGAAGAGCCCUACUGGAUCAGGCCAGUGGUCCCCCUAUUCCUGUAUCCUCUUCUCAUAUGGAAAGCACACAAGUAGGAUCUGAGUGCAACAGCUCUCUGGAGAUUGAGAGGGAUAGAGAACUUAGUCCUGUGUUGUCCCUGACUAACUGUUCAUCUGGCUUGACCCAUGAAUUGAACAUGUUAGGAAAACGAUUGUGACCCUCCAGUCAUUUAUUUCUGAGCACCCCCAGUGAAACAGGCAGAACUCCUUCACCAUCAUAGGAUCACACCAGUGAUGCAGCCCAAGUCAAUGGGCGCAUUGCUUUCUUGGGGUUCAGUAUGCAUAAGCAUCAUUUCCCACUGACAAACCCAGCGGGGCUCUGAUUCAGAUGACAAAGUGGCCCUUAGAAGUGCUAAGAUAUAAUCACAGAGUUGGAAGGGACCCUGAGGGUCAUCUGGUUCAACACCCUGCAAUGCUGGAAAUAGAACAUGCUCCCUGGAGCUGUGAACAUAGGUUACAGUGGUACCUCAGGUUACAUACGCUUCAGGUUACAGACUCCACUAACUCAGAAAUAGUGCUUCAGGUUAAGAACUUUGCUUCCGGGUAAGAACAGAAAUCGUGCUCUGGUGGUGCGGUGGCAGCAGGAGGCCCUAUUAGCUAAAGUGGUGCUUCAGGUUAAGAACAGUUUCAGGUUAAGAGCGGACCUCCGGAAUGAAUUAAGUACUUAACCCGAGGUACCACUGUAUAUGCAAAAAUGGCAGGCUGCAUUCUUUGCUUUAAGGAAGGAAAGAGUAAAAAAAAACCCCAACAUCUUCUGAACAAACUCCACAAUCUGUUAAUGAAAAUCAAAAACAAUCUCUAAUGCAGUACCAAGAAGUUUUGGGCAUGGUCAGCCACAAUCCAAAACAGACACUAUGCAGCCCAAUCCUAUGCAUGUUUACUCAGAAGUAAGCCCCAUUGAGAUGGAUGGAACUUGUUUCCUAGUAAGCAAGUGCAGACGCUUCAGGUUACAGAUGCUUCAAGUUACAGACUCUGCUAACCCAGAAAUAGUACCUUGGGUUAAGAACUUUGCUUCAGGAUGAGAACAGAAAUCGUGCAGCAGCAGUGCAGCAGCAGCGGAAGGCCCCAUUAGCUAAAGUUGUGCUUCAGGUUAAGAACAGUUUCUGGUUAAGAACGGACCUCCAGAACGAAUUAAGUUCUUAAUCCGAGGUACCACUGUAUUCUAUAGAAUUGCAGCCUAAUCCUGUAUCCCUUCUGAUCAUCAUGGUUUUAGAUGUAAAUUCCACCAUGUUCCAUGGGGCUUGCGACCAAGUAAGUGGUCCUAGGGUUUUUACUUGAUCACACACACACCACCCCCACCUGUACUUGUGAGAAGGAAAAUAGUUGUGAUUUUAAUUGGUUGGUAUCUCUGUGAGAAGGGACGCGGGUGGUGCUGUGGGUUAAACCACAGAGCCUAGGGCUUGCCGAUCAGAAGGUCGGCGGUUUGAAUCCCCGCGAUGGAGUGAGCACCCGUUGCUCGGUCCCUGCUCCUGCCAACCUAGCAGUUCAAAAGCACGUUAAAGUGCAAGUAGAUAAAUAGGUACCACUCCAGUAGGAAGGUAAACAGUGUUUCCGUGCGCUGCUCUGGUUCGCCAGAAGCAGCUUAGUCAUGCUGGCCACAUGACCCAGAAGCUGUACGCCGGCUCCCUUGGCCAAUAAAGCAAGAUGAGCGCUGCAACCCCAGAGUCGGCCACGACUGGACCUAAUGGUCAGGGGUCCCUUUACCUUUACGUUGUCUCUGUGAGAUAGUGGAAGGGUUAAAAAUGGUUUUUUAUAAAUAAACACCUCCAUCCUUGCUUCCCUUCCCUCCUACUUGACUGCUUCAGUGUUUCCUUCACCUGAGAUCCUUCAUUGUAAAUUUUCUCCCUGACUUUUUCAGGAGAACCCUCAAGCUAGCAAAAAAGAGGAAACCGAAAGUGGGGACAACCACCAGGAUCCAAGACAAGAGGACUGUCUGAGUCCCGACCAUGAUAAGGAGACUUCUCCAGGGAGACCACUGUACACCCCAUCACCAGCCUCCCAGGAAGAGCUGGAUACUGACAUCUCUGAUGAUUCAGACCAAGAGGUGGACAUUGAAGGUGACAAGGGCUAUUUCAAUAGUCCUCAUCAGUAGUCACGGUCCCCUUGAGGACGGACUUUCCCUCUGCUUGCACUUUAAGAGGAGUUGGCUUGACAAAAAUGAGGAGGGGAAAUAUAACUCUAAGUCAGUGUUUUUGUUGAGACAAUCACCUGAAAAAUGGGGCAGAUCUUUUUACUUUGAAAUGACAGGAAAGAGCCUGUGCUUGUUGAUAGAUUUGUACAGUGAUCAGUUUUUAUAUCCUCCUGGGAAUAUAACUACUACUACAUCUUCUUUGAAGACCUUUAACUGGCUGAGAGGAAAAAAACCCACACCAAACAAACUGGAUGAAAAGGGCCCUUUUGAUUCCCCAAGGAGAAUUUCACUUCUAGGAUGGAAACUUUGCAAAAAGACCUUUUGAAUGUUGCAGGACUGAAACAAAAUGUUUUGAAUCUUGGGCCCAGGGGUCCAAAAAGUGGGGAGAGAGUGUAGCAGAUACCAUCGACAUAACCUUACUUUCAUCUCCUGAAAACACUGGCACAGUUAGGUAAUUUCAGAUGCUGGGCUUGUGGGACUUUCUCCUUAGAUCGUAUCAUGUAUUAUUUCACUUAACACUUAAUUCCAGUGGUCUUACAGGGAUGCUCUUCGGAUGGGAAUAUGUAUCACCUCAAAAGGUGGUAAACCAGCCUUAAUGCAUUUGAGGGCCCUCUGGCUCAUUCAGUGGGGUCACCUUGACCUUUACCCCAAAGUCCUGCCCCACUGACUGAAAACAAUGUAUAACCAAUGUGGCCAUCAUGAUUUUUUUAAAAAAAUGUUUUUAUUAAAGAUUUUCUUGGGUUACAAAA